UAUUAUAUAUUGAUUCACAGUUCACAGAGUCAUUCGAUGUUUCGGAGCACGCACAACGACGAGCCUCUUUUUGCGGAUCAUCUGGAAACGUAAAUAGUGCAUGACAGCUGCGGACGCACGUGGCUAGUCUUUUAAAUCCUUUGGUGCUUAUUGAUCUGUUGAUCGCGAGACGUAGCUGUCAUUCUAAGAUGCGGAUAUUUCCGACCAUAAGACGUCUCUAUUGUUCCAGUGUAUACUUUCCAUGCCAUUCGUGUUAUGACUUCGGGAAGAUGCAAUCUCUUAUCAAGAAUUCGCUACGUGUCCGAGAUAUCUAAGAAACGGUGCAGUGCGGUGCAGUACGGAUGUCGUACGGGUUUUUAUCUGAUCGAAAGUACUCUUCUUCCUAUCGUGGGACAACACAUUAACAGAUCAAGUUGCAAUUCAUCGCUUUUCCUGUCAUCCAUCAGAAUGGCAUCGACAUCCAAGAGUAGCGCUAAAAACAUCAGUCAUACUGGCACAAAAAAACUAAAUCGUUUGAGUUUAGAAAAGUCGCCGUAUCUAUUACAACACGCGACCAAUCCUGUGGAAUGGUAUCCUUGGGGCGAUGAAGCUAUAGAAAGAGCGAAGAAGGAGGACAAGAUGAUUUUCUUAUCAGUUGGUUAUUCCACGUGUCAUUGGUGUCACGUGAUGGAGAAGGAAUCGUUUGAAAACGAAGACAUCGCGCAAAUCAUGAACGAGAACUUUAUUAAUAUUAAAGUGGAUAGGGAGGAGAGGCCCGACAUCGACAGAAUAUAUAUGACGUUUGUUCAGGCAAAGUCGGGCCAUGGUGGUUGGCCAAUGAGUGUUUUUCUAUCGCCGGAUUUGACGCCGGUGACGGGUGGAACGUAUUUUCCGCCAAAUGACAAAUAUGGCCUUAUAGGAUUUAGAUCGCUCUUAUUGGGAGUUGCGAAAGAGUGGGCGCAGCAAAAGAGCAAUAUAAUCAAAUCCGCUGCUAAUAUAGUAGAACGCCUAAAGGAUAUGGUCGAGUGCAGACAAGGCUUAAAGAAAGAGGAUGGGUUUCCCACAGCCGAAUGUGCUUUAUUGUGCACUCAUCUUUUGGGGAACGGAUACGAGCCGGAAUUUGGCGGGUUUGGCAGCAGAUCCAUGAUGAACGCGCCGAAAUUUCCCGAACCUGUUAAUUUCAAUUUUCUUUUCAGUAUAUAUGCUUUAACCACCUCCGCCGAGUUGCGUAAGCAGUGUUUGGAAAUGUGUCUGCAUACCCUGACGAAAAUGGCUUACGGUGGAAUUCACGAUCACGUGGGACAAGGAUUCUCCAGAUAUUCUGUGGACGCCGAAUGGCAUGUUCCUCAUUUCGAGAAAAUGCUCUAUGAUCAAGCUCAAAUAAUACAAGUCUACGCCGAUGCUUACGUUGUCACGAAGGAGUCAUUUUAUUCUGACAUUGUAGACGAUAUUGCAACGUAUGUUGCACGGGAUCUGCGGCACAAGGAAGGUGGCUUUUACAGUGCAGAGGACGCCGAUUCAUUUCCAGAGCCGCAGGCUUCAGCGAAAAAGGAAGGCGCAUUUUAUGUUUGGACUUAUAAGGAAAUUAAAACUCUUUUGGAUAAAGUAUCUGAUAACGACAACGUUCGAUUUUCUGAUCUCGUCUGCCAUCAUUUCAAUGUGAAGAAGGAGGGAAACGUGCGAAAGGCUCAAGAUCCUCAUGGCGAACUCACUGGCAAAAAUGUAUUUAUCGCGUACGAAGGCGUAGAACAAACCGCGGAACAUUUUGGCAUUAGUGUAGAGAAUACCAAAAAUUAUAUUAAGGAGGCCUGUCGGAUCUUGUUUGAAGAAAGAUCGAAAAGGCCGCGGCCUCAUUUGGACGACAAGAUUGUCACAGCGUGGAAUGGUCUUAUGAUAAGUGGCUUUGCGCGUGCUGGAGCAGCUGUGAGAAAUGACAAGUACGUCGAAUUAGCGACGGACGGUGCCAAGUUUGUGGAGCGAUAUUUGUUUGAUAAAAAUAAAGGUGUGCUACUUCGCAGUUGUUAUCGCGGGGAGGACGACAGAAUUAUGCAAAUGAGCGUCCCGAUUCACGGCUUCCAUGACGAUUACGCAUUCGUCGUGAAGGGAUUACUCGAUCUGUACGAGGCUAAUUUCGACCCGCAUUGGAUAGAGUUUGCCGAGGAGUUGCAAGAUAUUCAGGACCGAUUGUUCUGGGAUUCGCGGGACGGCGGUUACUUCUCCACGGUUGAGAAUUCUCAGAUGAUUCUACGGAUGAAAGACGCUCACGAUGGCGCGGAACCAUCCAGUAAUUCUAUCGCAUGCUCCAAUUUAUUGCGGUUGGCAGCUUACUUAGAUCGUAGCGAGCUAAAGGAUAAAGCAGCGAAGCUUCUAUCCGCAUUUGGUAAAGGACUCACGGAGAUGCCGAUUAUAUUUCCGCAACUGACAUUGGCGUUGCUGGAUUAUCAUAAUGGAACGCAGAUUUAUAUCGCGGGGAAACAGAACGCCGAGGAUACAAUCGAGAUGCUGAAUGUUAUCCGCGAGCGGCUGAUACCAGGUAGGGUGCUUCUGUUAGCCGACCCGGAGCAACAAGAUAACGUGCUGUUACGUAAAAACGAGGUCGUUAGUAAACUGAAACCGCAGAAGGGUCGGGCGAUGACUUUGGUGUGUCGACAUAAUGCGUGUUCUGUACCCAUCACAAAUCCCAGCGAGCUCGCUUCUCAUCUGGACGAUGCUGAGUUUUCCAACUUGUGAGGUCGCUCGUCAUGAUUGAUUAUUCAUGCGUGAAUGAAAUGGCGGAAGGGAGAAGGAUUUCGCCGAAAUAUUUCACCGAAAUAUUUCGUCGAUAUAUAUAUCCCCGCGCACCAUUUGCGCGCUCGUCUCUCGUAAAAAGGAUUUACCGUAUUAAAUAAUGCAACAUUAGCCCGCAGAGAGACUGGCGUAGCGAGAGUCGUCGUAGCGUCCGCGGUAUAAGCGCGGGCGGAUCGAUAACGUGUCGCAGCCAAAUAAAGAGAUGUAUCCAGUA